AUGGCAUCCUUGUAUAAAACGGCAAAACAAGAGGCAUGGACAUUUCCAUUGAGCGGAGUCAAGAUGAAGGCCUCCUUCAGCCUCCUCCUCCUCCCUUUGCUCUUUGCCGUGGGCUGGGCCCAGUGUCCGGUCCCGGCUGACCUGAAGAGGGAAGAUGGCACCAAGGCUUGUGCCCGACUCUACACAGAGAACAGCCCCUACUAUGACCAAUGUUGUGCCGGCAAUGUUCUCGAGGUGGAACCCGGUGAAGACCAGCCUUACGUCCCGUCAGGUUUCAACAACAAGGUGUCCUCCAUAGUGGUGGCCCAAAGGUGUGAACUCACAGUCUGGUCCUCGAAGGCAAAAGGUGGCAAGACCCGGAAGUUUAAAACUGGGGCAUUCCCUCGCCUCCAAGAAUACAGACAGGGGCUGUUCGGUGACUGGAAUAAUGCCAUCUCAGCCUACUAUUGUACUUGCACCUAA